AAACCGUUGACUUAUUUCCUGUUCAACAGGUGAGAUGAUGUGGUCCAGUCUGGUAACAGGUUUUUCCAGAAGGAAUAGAAAAGGAGGAGUCUGAAAGCUAAAAAAGAUUAAAAAGUUAAUCUUUAAUUUGGUGGUGAUGCUGUGAGGAGCUCAGCUGAGACUCGAACACAGUAUGGCAUCUGGAUCUUCUAACGGAGUCCUGCGACCCCUUCUCCUCGGUAUACUUGUACUGGGAGUCUUCGUGACUGUGUUUCUGAUGUAUUUUAAACCUUAUGAAGGCUGGUUAUCAGGUCCUGUAGAGUCAGUGUCAGAACAUGUGAAGAACCUCAUCUCCACCAAGAGUGAUAAGAAUGCCACCAUUGUGCUGAUCUGGCUCUGGCCCUUUGGCAGUAAGUUUGACCUGAGCGUCUGCAGCUCUCUCUUUGAAAUUGAUAACUGCUUCCUCACAGCAGACAGGAACUUCUACAAUAAGUCACAUGGAGUCAUCAUCCAUCACCGAGACAUCAGUGGUGACCUGUCCAAUCUGCCGCAGCUGCAGCGACCAUUGUUCCAGAAGUGGAUAUGGUUUAACCUUGAGUCACCAACACAUUCAUCCAAGCUGUCUGGGAUACAGAAGCUGUUCAAUCUGACUCUCAGCUAUCGCCUGGAUUCAAGCAUCGGAGCGCCUUAUGGGUCCAUCGUACCAGCAGAGGGCGAGGAGAAUUUUGUACCGCCCAGUAAAACCAAGCUGGUCUGCUGGAUAGUGAGCCACUGGAACCCACAGCAUGUGCGGGUGAAAUAUUUCAAUGAGCUGCAGAAACAUGUUAAGGUCCAUGCAUAUGGACGAGCAUUUGGAAAGCACAUUUCUGACAAUGACUUCAUGCCAACCAUCACCAGCUGCAAGUUCUAUCUGUCCUUUGAGAACUCCGUCCACAAGGAUUACAUUACUGAGAAACUAUUCAACCCACUCUCAGUAGGAACAGUGCCAGUGGUUCUGGGCCCGACCAGGCAGAACUAUGAGAAGAUUGUCCAGAGUGACGCCUUCAUUCAUGUCGAUGACUUCAGCUCACCCAAGGACCUGGCUGAUUACCUGCUGCUUCUGGACAAGAAUGAGGAAAUGUACCUCAGGUACUUUGAGUGGAAGCAACAUUUUAAAGUAAAGAAGUUCCACUUUCCAGCAGAAUAUGCAUGCCUGACUUGUGAUUAUUUACGUAGGUAUAAAGAAUACAAGGAAUUCAAUGACCUUGACACGUGGUUCUGGGGCAGCUAGAGAUUUGAAGGGCUGAGGGUCUUGUUACUUUGUUGAAGCGAGUGCUUUAAUAUUUUUCUCCUUGGGUUAACACGAAGGGUAUUUUCUGUUCUGUCCUGAGCAGCUGAAUGGUGUUUUUCUAUUGCUUUAGAGGCUCAAUAAGAGAUAUAGCUUGUUCUUUUUGUUUAUUUUAAUUCUAGUUGUGGCAAUCCUGUUUGUGCCUUUUGAAAUAAUAUGGCUCCAUUCACAAUACAAGUUUGUUGGUUUUAAUAUCAGCUAUUCAUGAAGUGGCCAGGUGGAGUGGAGGGGGUGAGAUAAAUGUAAAAGUGAUUAAGUCACCCGUGGAGUGUUUACUGAAUUCCAGUGUAAAACAGUUCAUUGGGAUUAUGUACAUAUUUCGUAUUUUUUAAAUUACUCAACUUUUCCGAUAUUUUUGUCAGUUUGCAUUUGCACUGGUAAUCAUAAUGGUACCUUCACAUACUUAGAACUAAGACAUCAAACUCUUGAGAUUGCACUACACUAAGGCAGCUCAGUAUCUUUAGAUAUCACAUUCAUUUUUCUUCAAAACAGCUAAUUCACUGAACAAUGUAUUACAACUCAGCAUCUCUUAAUACAGAUUUCAAGCAAGAGUCCUGACAGGGACUAGAAAGAGAGAGCAGAUUUCUCCUGUUUUGGCUUCCCUUCAUUGGCUUCCUGUUGAAUCCAGAAUUGAAUUCAAA